ACCCCACCACAGCAGCUUUUAAAGAUAAACCAAAUCCGCUGUCGUCCCUGCCCUGCAUCGCAACUUGCUCACAGGACACAGCCGAUAAGCAGCGGCCAAAACAGAAAGCGCGAUUUGUUUGAUCGCUUCCUCCUCCACUACCACUAGCUAGCCUGCCGCCGUCCGCCGUGCAGUGUGCGAGCUCCGCCCGCCGGUGCCGGAGGCAGAGGAGGAAGUUCCCUCUCUGAAAAAAUCGCAGAUUUCUGUUAGUAUCAUCACCAGUUCGCCAUCAUCUCCGCUCUGUGGGGGCAGAAGCUCCGCUUCGUUCCAAGAAAGGCCCCCGCGUCUUCCUCCGCAAAACCUCCCGGGUCAUCUCAUAUCCUUGGCGCUGGCCGAGAGGCUCCUCUCGUUGCCUGCCGGCGCACUGGCGCAGGUAGGUCGCGCCAUUGCCGUCACCCCAACUGCCCCCCACACCCGGGUUCUUUCGGUCUCGUGCUUUAAAAGAUGGUCUUACUCUUAUAGGGGGACCUUAAUUGCCACAAAUUCUCCAAGGUCGGAAAUGAUUUCCAAUGUUAACUGAAAAUAAGUUGCAAACUUCCUCAACGGUGAGGAGGCUGGCAACUGGCUGGACAUCAAGUGAUCGAGCCACUGGAAAUGUUUCUCUGUCAAUAAGUUUCUCUCUUUUUUAUAUAAAAAAGUGUCCAGAACCACUGGUCUGUGGCUUGCAAUUCUUUAGUCACGGUUUGACUGCCUACAUGUGCCUAAAACAACACACCAAUUUCGCCAUCCAUCCAUUCAUGUGACUGCUCGCAGAACUAACGAGCUAAGAUUCCUCCCCUCACCGGCGCUUGUUCCCAUGGUCUCCCAACACCGAGCCGCCAAUUAUUCCCACUGUCCCCUCACCACGAGAUGCUGCCCUUGUGCUCUGCAUGCAGAUGCAGGUGCUGCCGAGGAAGAGGAGGCGCUCCGGGUCCUGGCUUCUAGACGUUGUGAACCAGAUCUUGGUGCGGUUGCCCGAGUAGUUUACUCGUCUAGAGGAGGGGUUUGGUUCUCGACCCGAUUCGGUGGGGGCUUCGCCACUGGGAUAGGGGGACAGUUUGGCCUGCUGGAUCUUUAUCGCCAGUUGUUGGUUCUGUCCUUUCCAUUGGGCUGGUACUUUCUUGACGGAUUGGUUAAGCGCUGUCUGUGGGGUUGUUGUGCUGCUCCUCCCUUCAUCUCGUUUUGUGGUGAUUGGUGGGGGGAGGAGGAAGAGCUAGGAGGAUUCUCUCUCUUGUUCUUGGGUCAGUUCUUGGCACGGCAGGAUGAAGUAUAUGAAGCUUGGAUCAAAGCCGGAUGUCCUUCAGACGGAGGGGAGCAAUAUCAGGUUUGUCGCGACAGAUUUGGCAACAGACGUUGUUAUAUUGAUUGGGGAUGUCAAGUUUUACCUUCACAAGUUCCCUCUUCUAUCAAAGAGUUCACGCCUGCAAAGAUUAGUUGCUUCAAUCAAUGAGGAGAAAAAUGACGAAGUGGAUAUCUCUGACAUCCCUGGUGGGCCUUCAGCAUUUGAAAUAUGUGCUAAGUUCUGCUAUGGCAUGAUUGUGACACUCAAUGCGUAUAAUGUCCUCGCCGCCCGGUGCGCAGCCGAGUACCUAGAGAUGUUCGAGACCAUUGACAAAGGAAACCUCAUAUACAAGAUCGAUGUGUUUCUGACAUCAAGUGUGUUCCGCACCUGGAAGGACUCGAUCAUAGUUCUACAGAGCACAAGGUCACUGGUACCUUGGUGUGAGGAUUUGAAAGUGAUCAGCCACUGCAUCGACUCUAUCGCGUCGAAGGCGUCGAUUGAUCCAUCAGAGGUUGAGUGGUCAUACACUUACAACAGAAAGAAACUCCCGUCUGAGAACGGUAUCGAUUCGCAUUGGAAUGGUGUCAGGAUGCAACCUAUGGUCCCUACUGACUGGUGGGUAGAGGACCUCUGUGAGCUUGAAGUGGACUCGUACAAGCGGGUGAUCAUGAGCAUCAAGGCAAAGGGAAGCACGCCAGCUGUUGUCGUCGGAGAAGCAUUGAGGGCCUACGCGUACCGACGGCUGCUUGGCUCCCUGGAAGACGCUGUGAGCAAUGGAGUUGAUUGCGCAAAGCCUCGUGCAGUUCUUGACGCUAUUGUAUCUCUCUUGCCCGCUGAGGAAGGCUCGGUGUCAUGUGGUUUUCUUCUUAAGCUGCUGGGAGCUGCAUGUUUGCUGGAAUCUGGUGAGUCGUCCCAUCGCAGUAACUUGAUCAAGAGAAUAGGCGCACAGUUGGACGGUGCUUCAGUUUCAGACCUUCUCAUUAUACCACCAAAUACUGAUGAAAACGAUACAUACAGCAUAGAUCUGGUCAUGGCAAUAGUGGAGGAAUUCAUGUCGUUACAGAAUAGCGACAGUGGCAAGGAGAAAUUUCAAGAUGAUGAAGAGAUCGUGGAGACUGAGAACGUGGCAUCGGUUUCCAGCACGUCAAAGCUGGCAGUUGCAAAGCUGAUCGAUGGAUAUCUUGCUGAGGUUGCCAAGGAUCCCAACCUUCCUCUUCCGAAGCUGACCGCGCUUGCUGAAAUGGUGUCUUCCCUACCCCGGCCAACGCAUGACGGCCUCUACCGUGCCAUUGACAUGUAUCUGAAGGAGCACCCCAGCCUGUCGAAGAGCGAGAAGAAGAAACUAUGCGGGCUGAUGGACUGCAAGCAGCUGUCGCACGAUGCGUGCAUGCACGCCGUGCAGAACGAGCGUCUCCCCUUGCGUGUGGUCGUGCAGGUUCUCUUCUUCGAGCAGGUCCGGGCGUCUGUCGCCUCUGCGAGGAGUGACCCUUCUUCAGCUGAGCUUCCAUCUGCCGUUCGCUCGCUUCUUCCCAGAGAGAACGGUAACUCUGUUGGCAGCUCCAGGUCAGCUGCCACGACGACAACGGAGGAGGACGGAUGUGGGGUCCCGACGUCGAGUGACGUCAACUCGUUGAGGUCAACAAGGCUCGCCAACAACAGCGGCGGAAGCGAGAGGAGCAGUGGCAGCAGCGACAUCAACAGGAGCGCCGCGGGGAGGGGGGCAAGGGGGAUUCUGAUGCCGAAGAAGAUGCUGAGCAAGCUCUGGUCUGGGAAAACGAACGCCGGUGAGAACAGCAGCUCAGACACGUCGCAGAGCCCUGGGUCCGUCAACAACCCGGAGGAGGUGAAGUCCACGCAGUCAAGGAUCACAAGGCGCUCGGUAUCCUAGUCGCGGAGGGGUAACCGCGGUCACAGCCUAGUUUUGUUCUUGCUCUUGAUUUUUGCCUUCACUGGAGAGUAGUGGCAAUCUAAAAAAUGUGGAGUUACUGGAGUAGGUUUGGUCAUUGAUGAUGUUUUCAGCCAUGUUCCAUGGGAACUUUUUACAUACAAAGAAAGUAUAGGUUGUUAUAAUUGAUGUAUUUUUGCUGGCAAAAUCAUAGUGUUUUAGUUUGCUUUUUACGGCCACCGGCCAAGCCCGGCACGAUUAAUUUCAAGGGCUGAAGACAGAGUGAAGUAAA